AUGGCGAGCUGGGAGGAGUCACAGGAGUCCCUCAAAACGGAUGUUGGCCAGUUGAAGGACCAGAUCGGCCAGAUCUUGGCGACGCUUGAAUCCAUGAAGACUACUGGAGAGUCUUCAUCUGCGCAUGUUGGGGGGAAUGCUCACCCUUAUCCCCCAAUGUUCAACACUGCGAGCCAAUAUGUUCCUUUCCCACUGUAUGGUUUACCUCCGGGUUACGCUCCUCCUGUAGGAGAGUACUCAGAAGUUGAGCACGCUUCAUUCUCGUUCCCCGCGACUGUCAAUAUACCACCAAUCGGCACUCAGGGACCUGUCUUAGUGUCGGCUCCCAUGGUGGGCACGGGAAUGAAUGAGACCAACACAACUGAUGGAAUUCGGGUGACCCCAGUACCGCAUGUGGUUACUAGGGAGGAUUCUUCAGCCAAAGCUGCACGGCACGCCACGAUGGUUGGGGGAUUCGGUAGCCUCGUUGGAGCUACGGGUAGGUUGGAAAGUCUGGAGGCGAGGUUGAGAGCUGUUGAGGGAGUUGAGAGCUACGGGUUUGGAGAUGCGGCCAGAUUGAGUUUGGUUCCGGGCUUGAAAAUCCCGCCUAAGUUCAAGGCGCCGGAGUUUGAAAAAUAUAGGGGUAACACUUGCCCUAAAAGCCAUGUGACCAUGUACUGCAGAAAGAUGGCUGCGUAUGCUCAUGAUGAGAAACUACUCAUCCACGUUUUCCAGGAAAGUUUGGCUGGGGUGGCAUUGAACUGGUACACCCACCUGGAGCCAUACCGAAUUCGUUGUUGGGCGGAUCUAGCUGACGCCUUCGUAAAACAAUAUGUAUACAAUACUCAUGUUGCUCCGGACCGUCUGCAGCUGCAGAAUAUGACAAAAAAGGACAAUGAAACUUUCAAAGAGUACGCCCAACGAUGGAGAGAGUUGGCUGCGCAAGUUGAGCCGCCGUUGUUUGAUAAGGAGAUGGUGUCGAUGUUCGUAAACACACUCCAGCCGCCAUUUUAUGAGCAUAUGGUUGGGAAUGUAUCUGUCAAUUUUGCUGACACCAUCAUCAUUGGUGAGAGGAUAGAAAUUGGAUUGAAAAACGGGAAGAUAGCAUAUGUCCCACCUGCAGCUACAAACUACAAAAAGCCCAGCUUCAAUCAGGGGAAGAAAAAAGAGGGGGAGGUACAUGCUACGUCGGUAAUGCCUGUGUGGAGAGGACGAGCUCCCGAUCCUAAUUAUCGACCAUACUUAAACCCACCUCCUUAUGCUGCUAACACCACGUUUGCUCACCAAGCUAGGCCUCAACAACAACAAGCGUAUUAUCCACCGCAGCGUAUCCCAUCCGAAGCUUCAAGACCGGCCGCAAACAUGGGCCCAAAUCUGAAUGUGGGUCACAACAACAACCCAAGGGGAAAUCAAUUUGUUAGGUUCACCCCAAUCCCUAUGACCUACACUGAAUUGUUACCUAACCUAGUCAAAAAGGGUCUGGUCGCCAUUUGCCCGAUGAAGCCUGUACAACAGCCGUACCCUAGGGGUUAUGACGCAAAUGCCAGGUGUAGUUAUCAUGCAGGAGGCGUUGGCCACUCGACCGAAGGAUGUAUGGCUCUCAAAUACAAAGUUCAGGCUCUGAUAGAUUCGGGUUGGUUAAAGUUUCAAGAGGACCAGCCCAGCGUCGAUACUAAUCCAUUGUCCGGGCACGGGAGUUCCUCGACGAACGCCGUCGAGGUUGGAAACCAUGAUCUGAUAAGAGAUGUGGGCGAAAUCCGAAGUUCUAGGAGGUUUAUCUUUGAAGCUUUGUUGAAGAAGGGCCUAGUGAAGGGCGAUUAUGAUCUGGGUAUAGCGUGCGCACUCCAUCCGGAGGCCGGGCACUCUAUUGAGGAAUGUAUGGAAUUCAAAAUUUUUCUACAAGACUUACUUGAUAGAAAUCUGAUGCAAGUGUGCCGCAAGGUCAGAGAAGAAGAAGUAUUUGCACAAAUUGGUGGAGAAUCUGAUGUGACUCUACCCGAACCUUUGGUGAUCCAUUUUACUAGGACCACCCCUGCACUGGUAACUGAAGGAAAUCCGUCUGUUGUCAUCCGAGUGCCAACUCCUUUCCCUUAUAAGAACGACAAAGCCGUCCCAUGGAGAUAUGGGGCAACUGCAUUAGAUGAGGGAGAAUAUGCAAAUCUGACUGUGGAAAACAUAUCAGGCAUUGGUGGAAUGACCAGAAGUGGUCGAAUCUUUACACCACCAGAAUUGGCGAGAGAAAGAACCAAUGAUAGGGAAGCAACAAUGGCUGCAAAAGCAAAGGAGUUCUUGAGGGGGAAGAACGUGGAGGCCGAGGAGACCCCCGACAAAGAGGAGAAGAGGGAAAUAUCUGAAGAAGAAGUUGGGGAAUUCCUAAAGUUCAUACAGCAGAGUGAGUACAAGGUGGUGGAACAGUUGAACCGCAUGCCUGCCCGGAUCUCCUUGCUAGAAUUACUCAUGCACUCUGCCUCCCACCGAAAGUUGUUGAUGAAGAUACUCAGUGAGGCUCAUGUGGAGCAGGAUAUUUCUCUGAACAAGUUCGAGGGCAUUGUUGGCAACAUCGUUGCUAAUAAUUACCUCACCUUCACUGAUGAAGAGAUACCUGUUGAGGGGAGAGGUCAUAACAAAGCCCUUCAUGUCUCUGUGAAAUGCCUGGAUCAUGUGAUGGCACGUGUCUUAGUGGAUAAUGGAUCCUCCCUGAACGUCAUGCCAAAAGCAACCUUGGAGAAGCUACCCAGUGACGGAACGCAUAUGAAACCAAGUUCUAUGAUUGUGAGAGCCUUUGAUGGUAGUAAGAGGGAAGUGAUGGGAGAGGUAGAACUACCAGUCCAAGUCGGUCCGUGUGUCUUUCAAGUGACAUUCCAAGUCAUGGACAUCCUCCCGGCCUAUAGUUGUCUGUUGGGUCGCCCAUGGAUCCAUUCUGCAGGGGUUGUGCCUUCUACACUACAUCAAAAGUUGAAGUAUGUUAUGGGAGACAAGCUGGUGAUAGUGGCAGGAGAGGAGGAUUUCCUGGUGAGCGGACCAUCAUCCUCCCGUUAUAUUGAAGUAGCCGAGGAAGCUCUCGAGACAACUUUCCAAUCUCUGGAGAUCGUGGGAAACACCUAUGUGGAGCCAUUCGUGGUCAACCCGCAUCUGUCGCGUGCUUCUAUCAUGAUGGCCAAAGUCAUGCUAAAAGAAGGUUAUGUGCAUGGGAAAGGUUUGGGUAGGUAUGGACAGGGGCGAGCAUUCCCUCUGGAGGUCGUCGAGAACAAGAAUAGGUAUGGCCUGGGAUACAAGCCCACCAAGGAGGAUAGGAGAAGGCUGAUAGAAGAAAGGAGAGCGCGCAGUCUGGCUCGGAUGGAAAGACGGGAGCCCAAAGUGGGAAGAAUUUGUAUCUGUGACCUCAAGGAGAGCUUUCGCAGCGCUGGUUGGGUUAACGUCGGCCACAUAGCAGCUGUGGGAGAUGAAGAUGGAUCGGAAGGCUCCAGUUUCGUGUGGGCCUGCUCCCCGGAUGCACGACUCGACAACUGGAAGAUGUUGGAUUUGCCCGUGAUGCUUAAUUUGAAUGAGAUAUAUGACAAUGAAUGUUUUGAAAGUAAUUAUGUCGAUAUUCCUGAUUUUGGGCGCCCUGUCAAUAAUACGGAAGAUGAUUGUGAUGAUGACCCGGAACCCCCUCCUGAACUGUUGAGACUAGUGGAACAAGAGUGUAAGGAGAUGAAACCUCACCAGGAAGAUGUUGAAGUACUCAAUUUAGGGAAUGAGGAUGAGGUAAAGGAGGUGAAGAUCGGUACAGCCAUGAAAGCAGAAGUGAAAGAAAAAUUGCGUGUCUUAUUGAGGGAGUUCAGGGAUGUGUUUGCUUGGUCUUACAAUGACAUGCCAGGCCUCGAUACAGAUAUUGUACAACACAAACUCCCACUCAAGCCGGAAUGCCCACCGGUAAAGCAAAAGCUAAGAAGAAUGAAACCAGAAAUGUCCUUGAAGAUCAAGGAGGAGGUACAGAAGCAAUUCGAUGCAGGGUUUCUAGCUGUGGCGAGAUACCCAGAAUGGGUAGCAAACAUUGUACCGGUGCCUAAGAAGGAUGGUAAAGUUCGGAUGUGUGUCGAUUAUCGAGAUUUGAAUCGCGCAAGCCCAAAGGACAAUUUCCCAUUACCACACAUCGACACCCUAGUUGAUAAUACAGCCAAGUAUUCACUGUUUUCGUUCAUGGAUGGUUUUUCGGGGUAUAACCAGAUCAAGAUGGCACCAGAAGAUAUGGAAAAGACGACGUUUAUUACAUUGUGGGGCACAUUCUGUUAUAAAGUGAUGUCUUUCGGACUCAAGAAUGCUGGGGCAACAUAUCAAAGGGCGAUGGUGGCACUUUUCCAUGAUAUGAUGCACAAGGAGAUUGAAGUUUAUGUGGACGACAUGAUCGCGAAGUCCGAAUCAGAAGAAGAACACGUCCUCAACUUGAGAAAGUUAUUCGAGAGAUUGAGGAAGUAUAAGCUUAGGCUGAAUCCCGCCAAAUGUACGUUUGGAGUGAAAUCCGGGAAAUUGUUGGGCUUUAUUGUCAGCCAGAGGGGGAUAGAGGUGGAUCCAGACAAAGUGCGAGCGAUAAUGGAAAUGUCUGCGCCUAAAACGGAAAAAGAAGUUCGAGGGUUUUUGGGUAGAUUGAAUUACAUUGCUAGAUUCAUCUCCCAAUUAACUGCUACUUGUGAACCACUGUUCAAGUUGUUACGGAAGAACCAGGCUGUGGUGUGGAAUGAGGAUUGUCAGGCCGCUUUUGAGAGAGUCAAACAAUACUUACAGGACCCUCCUGUAUUACGUCCACCAGAACCAGGAAGGCCACUCAUUUUGUAUUUGACUGUAUUGGACAAGUCAAUGGGUUGUGUAUUGGGUCAGCAUGAUGAGGAUGGCAAAAGAGAGCACGCUAUAUAUUACUUGAGCAAGAAGUUCACAGACUGCGAACAACGAUAUUCAUCGUUAGAGCGGACUUGCUGCGCAUUGGCAUGGGCCGCUCAUCGUUUAAGGCAAUACAUGUUGAGUCAUUCCACAUGGUUGAUAUCCAAGAUGGAUCCUAUCAAGUAUAUUUUUGAAAAGCCUGCUCUUACUGGAAGGAUAGCUCGAUGGCAGAUGCUAUUGUCAGAGUACGACAUCGUAUAUGUCACUCAAAAAUCUGUCAAGGGUAGCGCACUAGCAGAAUACCUGGCUCAUCAACCCCUUUGUGAUUAUCAACCAAUGCAACCUGAAUUUCCCGAUGAGGAUAUCAUGGCUUUAUUCGAAGAGAACAAAGAAGACCGAAACGAAAAAGCAUGGACAGUGUUAUCCGACGGAGCCUCGAAUGUGAUGGGACAUGGAAUAGGGGCAGUGCUUAUCUCCCCGGAGCGUCAGUAUAUACCAAUGACGGCAAGGUUGUGUUUUAGCUGCACAAAUAACAUCGUUGAAUAUGAAGCUUGUGCCAUGGGUAUUCGAGCAUCAAUUGAGUCUAAGGCGAAAAUUCUGGAUGUGUAUGGAGAUUCAGCUUUGGUCAUCCAUCAAUUGAAAGGAGAAUGGGAGACUAGGGAUACAAAAUUAAUUCCCUACCAAGCUUACAUCAGGGGAUUAAUGGAGUAUUUCGAUUCCAUCACAUUUAACCAUACACCGCGAGAAGAUAAUCAAUUAGCAGACUCACUGGCUACCUUGUCGUCAAUGUUUGACGUUGAUCAAGAUGCAGAAUUACCAAGAAUCAAAAUGAAAAGCCAUGCAGAGCCAGCAUAUUGCCACUUCAUCGAGGAGGAGUUAGACGGUAAACCUUGGUACUUUGAUAUCAAGCGUUAUCUUAAAACCCGAGAAUACCCUGAGGAUGCGUCUGAAAACGAUAAAAGAGCACUAAGAAGGUUGGUCGGCAGUUUCAUCUUAAGUGGGGAUGUUUUAUACAAGAGAAACCAUGACAUGGUUCUCCUUAGAUGUGUGGAUGCAAAGGAAGCCGAGUUGAUAUUGAAAGAAGUGCACGAAGGUACAUUUGGUACGCACAUGAAUGGACAUUCGAUGGCUAGGAAGAUCUUAAGAGCUGGUUACUUCUGGUUGACCAUGGAAAACGAUUGUUGCAUACACGUGAGAAAGUGUGAGAAAUGUCAGAUAUAUGCAAAUAAUAUCAAUGUGCCACCCACUGCUCUGAACGUGUUGUUUGCACCAUGGCCAUUUUCGAUGUGGGGAAUAGAUGUCAUCGGAGCUAUAGAACCAAAAGCGUCAAAUGGACAUCGCUUCAUACUAGUCGCAAUCGACUAUUUCACCAAGUGGGUUGAGGCUGCUUCGUAUGCCAACGUAACUAGAAAGGUUGUGGUUAGAUUCAUAAGGAAGGAGUUGAUCUGUAGGUAUGGGCUACCUAACAAGAUCAUCAUUGAUAACGCUACCAACCUGAACAAUCAGAUGAUGGCGGAGUUAUGUGAAGAAUUCAAAAUUCACCACCAUAAUUCCUCUCCUUAUCGUCCAAAGAUGAAUGGGGCAGUAGAGGCUGCUAACAAGAACAUCAAGAAGAUUGUGCAGAAGAUGGUGGUCACCUACAAGGACUGGCACGAAAUGCUUCCUUUCGCUUUGCAUGGAUACCGCACAUCAGUACGAACAUCAACUAGGGCCACGCCGUUCUCGCUAGUGUAUGGGAUGGAAGCGGUACUUCCAUUUGAGGUCGAAAUUCCCUCCUUACGCGUGUUAAUGGAAACUAAGUUAGAGGAAGCUGAGUGGGUUCAAACCCGAUUCGACCAACUCAACCUUAUCGAAGAGAAAAGGUUAACAGCAGUGUGUCAUGGACAGUUGUAUCAAAGGAGAAUGAAAAAGGCGUUUGACAAAAGGGUGCACCCAAGAGAGUUUCAUGAAGGCGAACUGGUGUUGAAGAGGAUUUUGCCCAUCCAAAAAGAUCAUCGAGGCAAGUGGACCCCAAACUAUGAAGGGCCGUUUGUGGUGAAGAAAGCAUUCUCUGGUGGGGCACUAAUUCUCACAAGGAUGGAUGGGGAGGAAUUACCGUUACCGGUUAAUUCUGAUGCGGUCAAAAAGUUCUAUGUAUGAUGAUUCCGUGAUAGGGGUUGCCGUUAGCGAAUAUUAACAUUGCCUUUUAAAUUGUUGUAAUCUGUGUUAUUUCAUUCAAUAAAUACCGCAUAUUAAAUUUUUGUUCAUACUUUCUGAAAUUAUUGCAUGUCGCGCUGAGCUGUUUAGGUAAAUAA